UUGUUGUUCGAGGUAAUUGAAAUAUCGUGGCAUUGGCAAUGUUUGAUGUUGCCCGUGUAGCUGGAAGGCCUUUUGUCAAUUGGAUGAGACCAUACUUGGCUGUCCAAGUCCUAGGCGUACUUGUGACCAUCCAGGCCUUUGCUUCGCUCCAACGAAGACCGAUCACUGCCUUGAGGGCACGAAUUCCACAAGAAGCUGAUCCCAAUGUGCAGUGGCACCCGAUGAUGAAGAAAGGAAGGCCCCCGGGACCGCUUAAGCUGCCUGCGUCCUUUGAGGCGUUAACAUCUCUUUCCGUCUACACUGCUCCAAGGUUAGAUGCUGACUUGAUUCCUGGCCGAGUAGUGCAGAAGGGCACGCAUUUCUCAGUGGAGGAAGUGGUCUAUCAAGGAAAGGUGCGUGGACAAGAUGUUAUUUUCCUGAAGCCAAAGCGAGCGAAGGUCUAAGACAUGUCCAGAGUCUUUGAGACUGGCUAGAAGGCUGAAUUUCGUCGCUUUGGUCAAAACCUGAUCUAGGAUUAGAUUGGACAAUUUUGUGAAGGUAUAUAAUUGUCCAAAUUGAAUUGCCCAUUGUCAAUGUCUUAGAAUUCACUCUCAUGAUGCCAGAGCACUACAUAGUCGGCUCAUUGUCUAUAUUCUAUCCUGCGGAUUCCUGUUCUUGAUGUUUGAAGUCGUUUCUUUUUUGUGUUUUCAUCCUAGGUGUAUUACAAAGCUUCAAGGAAUAUGCCAGAUGAUGGAGAGGAUUACGGGCAAGGAGGAUGGCUGUGCGACUUGGGCACCCAGAAAGGGCCAUGGUUUUCAAGGAAGUUAGUGAGACGAAUCCGCCUCUAAAGGAUGCAAAA